AUGGACUUUGUCUCGAAUUGGGUGACCGACAAGGUCGCAGGCUUCGCAAAAACUGGCAUUGAAGCCGGCGGUACUCUAGCCGGAAAUGCUGUUGGAGGAGUUGGUACAUUGCUCGAAAACUCGGGUCGUGCAGUAGGCCAAAGUAUCGCAGGAGCUAUAGGAAGCGUUGGAGGUUACAUCAACAAUUAUGGCCAGCAAGUUCAAAAUUCGAUGGCUGCCGACGGGCCGGUGAGCGGCGGAUCGCAAAAGAAGACGGCAGUGAAAGGAACGAGUGCAAGCGCAUCGAGAGCCUUAUCUGCAACCCCCGGGACAACUAGACCUUUGCCAUCGACUAGAGCGAACGCGUUGCAAAAGCCUGUGUCAUCCUCCACCUCGUCAUAUCCUGCUAGACCACCUCCUCCUAGGAUCGCUCGAAAUCUUCCCAGCAAGAAGCCAAGUCCACCGGAGCCCACCGCCAAGGCAUAUCCAACAAGACCUCCGGUUUCGACAUCACAAAGCGCGCGAACUAUAGAUGGGAGGGUCAGACCAUCGCCAGCAAGCAGAGCAAGACCGCCGAAACCGACAGCUACCACUGCCAACAAAAAGCGCUUCGACAAUUCGAAGCGGCCGAGCAUCUCAACAUCGCAGAGUGAGAGAACUGCAGACGGGAAAGUAAAGAUAUCAGCAGCUAGUCGACCACGACCUGUCAAAGCAUAG